GAUUGAAAGAAGUAAUAAAUAGAAAGCGGGGAAGGGGGGUGGAUAGCAAUUUUUCUAAGCAAGAGUUUUAUUCCAAUUUCAAGUUGUGCAAGAUAUUUUUGGGGGGUUCGUCCGCACAGUUUUAUUUUUUUCUUUUACUUUAUUUGCAGUAUUUGCACGAUUUCUCUUUCCCUGUUUCUGUCUCUUUUUUCGCCUUCGGGCAUCCUCAGCGGGACAUCCCCAGGGCAUCCCCUACAAAAUCCCCUACUAUAAGAGGGCCGCAAUGGUAGGUGGGAAUAGGUGAAGUGUUGUUUCUGUUACACACCGUACUAAACCUUGACAUGUUUCCUGAGUGAGCGGACAUUUUGAUAUUUCAGUGCUUCAUAAAGCACUGAAAAACUCUGAUAUUUUUGCGCUGGGCUUCUUUUUGAUUUCUUUUGCUUUGUGCUGUUUAUUCUUAACAGUCUUCAAGCCAUGGCAGGAGAAUCUGGGUUGGAUAUGGACCCGAACAAGUACGGGAACGAUGCACAGAUGGAAAUAGUCUGGGCUCUCAAGGCACAUCAUCACGCUGAAACCUAUUUCAAGCUUAUCUCAGGAAUAGAUGCCUCAAGACUUCAUCUAACAAAGUUUGAUGAUGACAUAUACAGACAGUUUAAACGUUAUUUCAAAAUGUUAAAGGUGGAUGUGAUAAAACCUGAGGACUUCAAAUCUGAAGAAGCCAAAGUGAAAUGGCGACCAUUUUGUAACAUGUAUGAAGGCAAGAUAGAAGAUUAUAAUUUUGGAACUCUUUUGAGAAUUGACUGCAGCAAGGGUUAUGAUGCAGAAAACACCAUCUUAGUUACGAGGAUCCAAUUUUAUGCAGUCGAGAUUGCACGCAACCGGCGGGGACUAAACAAGCAUUUCUUGGAGAAGUCUGCUAGUACUGAAGACUCCCAUGAAAGAUAGCAUGAGCAUUUGAAGCUAACUAUUUGAAUGCAAAAUGAAAUAACAGUAUUAUACAGUUCGCUUGCGAUUUUCAAGUUGCAAGCCAUUUAACCUAUUCAAGCCUAUGGAUGUCAAACAUCCUUGGGUUUAAUAAGAGACUAUAAAACUCUUUGAUGCCAUUUUUAUUUCCAAUCAACAUUCCUUAAUGGUCAUUAUAUAAAUUUAAUUCUAAUAAAUAAGUUAUUAUUUCCAAAUCCAAGUAAUUUUAAUAAAUCCAGACUGAUUAAUCACUCAACACUGUAGUUUUUAUGCAGCAGCUAUUUCAAGCAUCCACUCUGUUCCAAAACAAAUUACAUUGUGGAAUGAGUGAGUGUCCAAUGAUGUUGGGUAAAUGUCUGACCUCAUUGCAUGCAUCAUAAUUUCAAUAUAUUUUUUCAUUGCACUG